AUGAGCGACUCAGCCGAGGCUGGAGAAUACAUCUCCCGUCGGGAGAUCCCGCGGCUCUUCGAGAGCAUGUUGACAGGCCUGAUGUAUUACCGGCCUGAAGAUCCCAUCGGCUACCUUGAAGGAUGCUUGAAGAAAGUCCGGGCGAUGGGUGGUCUGGAGAAGCUGCAAUGGGACACGUUCCUCAGACAAGAAGACCUUCAACCUACCGCUGAGGGCUUAAACAAGAAUGCCAUCUUCCAGUCAGGCUCCUCCUCGGCUCCGUUCAGUUUCCACCAGGACGGAUCCUCUGUGCAGAGCCAGUUCUCCAUCGAGAGCGAUUCCGAUAUGACCGAAUCUGCGGGACUCAUCCAAGAAUACGACGCGUUCGACCCCCAACGCCCCCGUCCCAAGAUUGUGUUUGUGAUAGGAGACGACCAUUGAAGAGUUGAAGCAGCAGUUCAUCAAACAUCCAGAUGCCCAAGGUUUCGUGGUGGAUGGAUUCCCGCGAGACAUCAGCCAGGCCUUCUUGUUUGAGGAGCAGGUUGGUUCUCCGGACGUUGUGGUGUUCCUGGCUUGCUCAAGUCAACAGCUGCGGCAACGGCUAAAAGAGCGGGCUCGGGAACACGGCCUCUUGGAUGACAACCCCCAUGGAAUUGAGCGCAGGCUGGAGACCUUCAAGCAGAAUGCUCAGCUGAUUGGGAAGUACUACCAUGAGAAGGGAGCCUUGGUCCGG